CUCACUCAAUAGAAGCUCACCAAAGCAAACCUUGACUUCACUUUGAGCAACUUUUACAACAUUCUGGCACACCAAUCAACCGAUCAACUGAUUCGAAGAUGUCAGGAAGAUUCUUGACAAGCUCAGGCCCCAUCGGCUUUGUUCUUCAGCUGCCACCCGGUACCAAAGUCCUUGUUGCGUUGAUGGUUGGAUUAUCCACCCUAAUUCAACUCUUCCGAUUCAGCCUUUCUGAACUGGACCUGAAAGCUGUGUUUCGUGGACGAAUGGACGACAGUCUGGCUUUUCCCUGGCUUGUCAUGGUUCCCGGAAGCGUUCUGUGGAAUCCCUGGACCAUACUUACUGCAGGCUUAUGCGAGGUUGGACUUGUCGAGCUAUUCUUCUCUGUGAUGGCCCUUUCGCUUUGUGGACGGUAUCUAGAGAGGGUUUAUGGUCUAGUCGAAUUUGUCAAGUUUUGCUUGGUGACGAUCGGCGUUUCGAAUGUUUUAUGCGUCGCUGUCAACGUCGCGGAACAUUAUGUUCUCAAGGAUAGUGGGACGUUCUUGUAUGGCAUGAGUUACCAUGGGAUGAUGGCGCUUCAGGCUGGAUUUUUGGUUGCAUUCACGCAGUUGAUCCCGGAGCACCUUGUCCAGCUGUUUGGCGUGAUCAAGAUACGGGUCAAGAACCUACCCAUGCUUUAUGUGGGCCUUUCGAACGUGAUGUGUUUACUUGGUCACCAAUCCCCGUUUAUCCUCAUUCAAAUGGGCUGGCUUGUGUCUUGGUAUUACCUCCGAUUCAUCAAAUAUAACGAAACUGGCGAUUUCAGAGGUGAUCGAAGUGCCACUUUUGAUUUUGCUUCUUGGUUUCCGGGCUUUGUGCAGCCCUUGAUACGUCGUGCAUCCGAUAUCAUAUUUUCAUUGGCAGUCAAAGUCGGCCUGCUCAAACCAUGGAGCGCCCCUGAUAUUGAAUCAGGAUAUGUACCCGUACCUGGGGGUGCCCGAGCCGAAGCUGAAAGGAGAAGUACAUCGUUAUAUGUUCCUGAUGUAUGGUGUAAUAUCUUUCCAUACAGAGCCAUGGCUUUGAAAGCGCUAGACCAAAGGCUGGCAUCGAACAAAUCCACACCUGCCCCUCACGGUACAUCUUCGCCAGAUUUUUCAGGUGUCGCAACGCAAACAUCUCCAAAUACAACAAAAUCAUCUGCCUCACCAACUACUACUCAUGCAGCAGUGGCGAUGAUUACAGCACCUCAACAGGCCGUCGUAGCGUCACAGAAGGACACGUCGACAGAAGGAUCGUCUGCUUAUCCAUGCGACACAUACACCAUUGCAGUAAGGUGUAAAAGCAUUUCAUCAGCGUUUUGGUUCGGAAUUGCUAUAAGAUUAGAAUUCUGUAAAGUCUUUGAUAACAUCCCAUAG